CCCAAAGGAGUUGAGAUCGUUGGCUUUGCGGACGACGUCGUCUUGACGGUAACAGGCGAGACGCUGGAAGAGGUGGAAGUGUUGUCAACCGAGGCACUCGACAUGAUUGGUAACUGGAUGAAAGGAGCGAAGCUGCAAAUAGCCCACCACAAAACGGAAGUGUUAUUGGUCAGUAACUGUAAAGCGGUACAGCGGGCGGAAAUCACCGUCGGGGAGCACACCAUAGCCUCGAAGCGUGUGUUAAAAUACCUGGGAGUUAUGAUCGAUGACCGGCUAAACUUCAACAGCCACGUCGAAUAUGCCUGUGAGAAGGCUUCGAAGGCCAUCAACGCGAUAGCUAGAAUCAUGCCGAACAACGCUGGUCCCAGCAGUAGCAAGAGGCGUCUUCUGGCCAGCGUGUCAUCAUCGAUACUGAGAUAUGGAGGUCCAGCCUGGGUUCCAGCGCUGGAAACGAAGCAGAACCAAAGGAAACUGAGCAGUACGUUCCGGCUCAUGGCCAUGCGAGUCGUGAGUGCGUACAGAACCAUCUCGUCGGAAGCAGUAUGCGUUAUCGCCGGUAUGAUCCCUAUCGGCAUCACCCUGGCGGAGGACAGUGAGUGCUACAGGCAGAGAGAAGCCGGAAGAGUACGGAAAGUUGUGAGAGUGGAGUCAUUGGCUAAGUGGCAACAGGAGUGGAACACGACGGAGAACGGUAGAUGGACACAUAGACUAAUACCGAUUCUUUCGACCUGGGUGAACAGAAAACACGGAGAAGUCAAUUUCCACCUAACGCAGUUCCUGUCUGGCCACGGCUGCUUCAGGAAAUACCUGCAUCGGUUCGGACACGCAGCGUCACCCCUCUGUCCGGAGUGUGGCAACGUCGAUGAAACGCCGGAGCAUGUGGUCUUUGACUGUCCAAGGUUCGAGGCAGUGCGAACGGAGAUGCCCGUCCUUAACGUGGAGAGAGUUAAGAUCGUUGGCUUUGCGGACGACGUCGUCUUGACGGUAACAAGCGAGACGCUGGAAGAAGUGGAAGUGUUAUCAACCAAGGCGAUCGAUAUGAUUGGUAACUGGAUGCAAGGAGCGAAGCUGCAGAUAGCCCACCACAAAACGGAAGUCCACGUCGAAUAUGCCUGUGAGAAGGCUUCGAAGGCCAUCAACGCGAAAACUAGAAUCAUGCCAAACAACGCUGGUCCUAGCAGUAGCAAGAGGCGUCUUCUGGCCAGCGUGUCAUCAUCGAUACUGAGAUACGGAGGUCCAGUCUGGGUUCCAGCGCUGGAAACGAAGCAGAACCAAAGGAAACUGAGCAGCUGGAAGGCUGAAGCUAGGUGGAUUGGACUUACCAUCAACGCAUCGAAGACGAAAUACAUGAGAAGAAGAGGUUCUAGGGACGACAAUGUUAGCCUCUCACCCCGAGUUCACAUUGACGGUGACGAAAUUGAGGUGGUCGACGAGUUCACGUAUUUGGGCUCACUGGUGACUGUCGAAAAUGAUACCAGCAAGCAUAUUGAAAGACGCAUUAUGGCAGAGAAUCGUGCGUACUUUGAACUUCGAAGGAUGCUCCGGUCGAUUAAAAUUCGGCGGUGCACGAAGUUGACUAUCUACAAGAUGCUGAUUAGACCGGUGGUCCUCUACACCCACGAGACUUGCACUAUGCUUGUGGUGUUUUCGAACGGUAGGUGUUACGUACCAUCUACGGUGGAGUGCAGAUGGAUGACGGAACGUGGAGGAGGCAAAUGA